AUUUUGUAACUCUCUUUAUAUCCAGGUAUGAGGCAGGUUGUCUAGUCUUCUAUAUGUAUGUCCUCACAAAUACAAAUCAUAUGUCAUGAUAACAAUAAAAUGCACUGUUCUCUCGGAUUCCAUUCCUAUAACGCGCUUUGAUUAGAGAAGAUUAAUAUGAAACAAAUCAGCUGAGAGAGGAGUGGGUUUUUGUUGUGGGACUCUGGGAGUGGUUGUGGGUCUAGUCCUCCUCUUGGUUCUGGGUAGUUGCUUUUUUGCCUUCUGUUUUUGUGUUAAUUUUUGUUUGCCGUGGCGGUGGAUCUCUCUCUUGUGGCUGGUGCUGCUCUCUGUAUUUCUCUUGGUUUUUUAUUCUCCUUAGAAGACUAAGCAAGAAGCAGAGGAAGAUUAACGAUGGCAAACGAGAAAGAGAGAGUAGAGAAGAAAACGUUUGUGGGGUUUGUACGGAACUGUAUGGCGGAGCUUAAAAUUUUGUUAACUGCUCUUCUAUUGCUCUGUACCAUAGCAACCCUUGUUCAAUUUUUCCCUCCUCGUUUUUCAUUCUCCCCAUCCGAUCUCCGUAACUGUCUCUCCGCAAUCUCAUCCUCUUCUUCUUCUUCUUCUUCUAAUUCUUCUCAGAAGGUGACCUCCCCACCACUUCCACACCUAUCCCCACCCGCCUCUGAUCCUCCUUCUCCCCCACCAUUACCCCCACCUCCUUCCAUUCAACAGCAACAAAAAGAUCAGAUUCUAGACGGUGGCAUCAUCAAGCGGGCCUUCAAUCCUUACGGUGCAGCCGCAUACAACUUCGUCCUCAUGUCCGCUUACAGAGGUGGCCUCAACACUUUCGCGGUCGUCGGACUCGCUUCCAAGCCCCUUCACCUUUUCGGUAAUCCUACCUAUCAAUGCGAGUGGGUUCCCCAAUCCAAUCAAACCCAACAACAGCAACAAAUGCCACCAUCUAUCUCCACCCGCGGCUACAAGAUCCUCCCUGACUGGGGCUACGGCCGCGUUUACACCGUUGUUGUUGUCAACUGUACAUUUCCUGUUGCAGUAGGCCAAAAUGGUUCCGGCGGCCAAUUGCUCCUCCAUGCCUCCACUUCCGGUGGCGGUGAUCGGGAUCUCAAUGUGACGGACACGAUUGAAGCUCUAAUAGAAGCCCCCGGGAGCUUAAAUGCGUCGUUUUAUACAUCCCCGGCCGAACCCAAAUACGAUUAUCUCUACUGCGGGUCGUCCUUAUACGGGAAUUUGAGUCCCCAGAGGGUGAGGGAAUGGAUUGCCUACCACGUUAAGUUCUUCGGAGAGAGGGCCCAUUUUGUGAUACACGACGCAGGUGGUGUACAUUCCGGGGUUCUAGAGGUGUUGAAGCCGUGGAUGGAAAAAGGGUACGUGACACUGCAGGAUAUAAGAGAGCAGGAACGUUUUGAUGGCUAUUAUCACAAUCAGUUCCUUAUUGUGAAUGAUUGUUUGCAUAGAUAUCGCUUUAUGGCUAAGUGGAUGUUCUUCUUUGAUGUUGAUGAGUAUAUCUAUGUGCCACCUAAGAACACUAUAAAGUCCGUACUCAAUUCCCUUUCCGGAUAUACCCAAUUCACCAUUGAACAGAUGCCCAUAUCCAACAAGCUCUGCCUCUCUUCAGACGCCGGUAAAGCUCCCAGAAAAUGGGGGUUUGAAAAGCUGGUGUAUAGGGAUGUUAAGAGAGGAAUCAGGAGGGACCGGAAAUAUGCAGUGCAACCACGCAAUGUGUUUGCAACAGGAGUGCACUUGUCACAAAACCUAGCAGGUAAGACAACACACAAAACGGACCACCUGGUCAAGUAUUUCCAUUAUCAUGGAACCGUAGCAGAACGGCGCGAGCCAUGUCGCAAGAUGGUAAAUACGACGGAGCUCACAUUUGAUGGUACACCUUAUGUAAUGGACACCACAAUGCGGGCUGUUGCUGGGUCUGUGAAGAUAUUUGAGCUCAAAGCCAUUGGGUCUCGGUUACAAAGGACUCCUCAAUGACAGGUUAAUUUUUCCUUAAAUGUGAUCCUUUGUCCUUUUGACUAGAGCAAGCUACCAUGAAGGGAGCCCUCCUUUUCUGUCCAUGAGCCUUCCUCAUACUUGUCUUGUUCAAGCUUGACACACGAAUAGCCUGAGUGGCAUAGCAACCCCUCUUGCACACCUCAAGAAACUUUGUCUCCAUCUCAAGCCUUGAUACCCUUAGCCUCCUCUCUCCUCUUCUUUUACAUCAGUAACCUUCUCACGAUGAUGAAUGAUAAAUCAUGUUGUAGUUCCUUUUUGCCAAUGAGAGGUGUGCAUCAAUAUAUUUGCUUCCACAAAUAAAGGUAUGCACUAAUAUUUUUGCCUCACAUAUGACGUAUGAGGGAGGGCUCAUCAAGAUAGCAAAGAGGAAGUCCUUGUGAUAGCUUCUUUUUUGCUUGUUUCUUUUUUAUUUUCCCAGUCAUCUCAGUAGAAACAGAAAUUCAUUGGGGUUCUUUCUGUAUCAUAUUUUUGUACGAAGUAUAGGCACAUGUGUUAUAUUAUUUCCCUGUAAAAAAAAAAAACAAACAAAAUACAGUUGUAUUUUUUUUUUCUUCAUUUAUUUAGUCCUUGGAAUCGUUCUUUGAAAGAUCAACUUGGUUGAUUGUGAGAAAA